AUGGCCCCUCCGCGCCCUGAACCGCAGUCCUCGGCGGGCCCUCCAGCUCUCGGUGAAGCUGUGGUGGUUACAGACCGCCUAGAGAAACCCUCUCUCGAUGAUCGGUCUUACCGAGUCAUUCGCCUCCCGAACCAACUCGAGGCUCUCAUAGUUCACGAUGCCAAGACAGACAAGGCCAGUGCUGCUAUGGAUGUGAACGUGGGGAGCUUCAGUGACGAGGAUGAUAUGCCAGGCAUGGCCCACGCUGUCGAACAUCUUCUAUUCAUGGGCAACAAAAAGUAUCCGGUAGAGAAUGCUUACCAGCAGUACAUCUCGGGUCAUUCUGGGUUGACCAAUGCCUACACGGCAGCCACUUCCACCAACUACCACUUUGAAGUUUCCGCUAAACCCAGUAAUGGAGAGGAGCCGUCAGCCGAGAAUCCAUCGCCUUUGUUGGGAGCGUUGGAUCGGUUCGCCCAGUUUUUUAUUGAGCCACUGUUCCUAGAGAACACACUUGACCGUGAACUCCGGGCUGUGGAUUCGGAAAACAAGAAGAAUCUCCAAAGUGAUCAGUGGCGCUUUCAUCAACUCAAAAAGUCCCUAUCGAAUCCGAAGCACCCGUUUUGUCACUUUUCGACUGGAAACCUUGAGACCCUUAAGACGGCGCCCGAAGCGAAGGGGAUCAACGUUCGUGACAAGUUUAUUGAGUUUUACGAAAAGCACUACUCAGCCAACCGCAUGAAGCUCUGUGUUCUUGGACGGGAAUCCCUGGACGUUCUCCAGGCAUGGGUCAUCGAGCACUUUUCAUCCGUGAAGAACAAGGACCUGCCGCUCAACAGGUGGGAAGACGAGGUCCCAUUCACCAAGGAUCAGCUCGGAGUUCAAAUCUUUGCGAAACCCGUCAUGGACACCCGGGACUUGACGCUUACGUUCCCCUUCAUCGAGCAAGAGCUCCUUUACGAUUCCCAACCAAGCCGAUAUAUUAGUCAUCUCAUCGGACACGAAGGUCCAGGGAGCGUCAUGUCGUACAUCAAGUCCAAGGGCUGGGCGAACGGCUUGUAUGCGGGUGCAUGGCCCGUCGGCCCCGGUACGCCGGAAAUUUUCGAGUGUCAGGUUACGCUGACGGAAGAGGGACUCAAAAACUACAAGGAAGUGGUGAAAGUCAUCUUCGAGUACAUUGCGCUUCUUCGCGAGACUGAACCACAAGAGUGGAUUUUUGAAGAGCAAAAAGGCCUGGCCGAGGUCAACUUCAGAUUCCGAGAAAAGACGCAAUCCUACCGCUUUACGAGCAAACUUAGUUCCUUCAUGCAGAAGCCGCUACCUCGGGAGUACCUGCUAAGCGGGUACAGCUUGUUGCGCAAGUUUGAUCCUAAAGUGAUCAAGGAUGGCUUGGACUGCCUACGGCCUGACAACUUCCACAUGACCAUCGCCUCCCGUGAUUUCCCGGGGACUUGGGAGAAGAAGGAGAAAUGGUACGGGACGGAGUACACGAGCCAGCCCAUCCCAGCGGAUUUCCAAGAGGAAAUCAAGAAGGCGGCGUCCAGCGGACCCGGGGAUCGCACCGCCAAAUUGCACCUCCCACACGUCAACGAAUUUGUUCCAACCAAGCUUGAAGUCGAGAAGAAGGAGGUCAAAGAGCCGGCGCUGGCCCCCCGUAUUGUUCGCAACGAUUCUCACGUUCGGACUUGGUUCAAGAAAGAUGAUACGUUCUGGGUGCCCAAAGCCACUCUAACCAUCAGCUGCAGAAGUCCGGUAGCGACCGCUUCGGCGGCUGGUCGGGUCAAGUCCCGUCUUUUCACCGACCUUAUCAAGGAUGCCCUUGAGGAGUAUUCGUACGACGCCGAGUUGGCUGGUCUCGACUACACCGUGACCAUCGACUCACGGGGCUUAUACAUUGAAGUAUCAGGCUACAACGACAAGCUGGCGGUCCUUCUCCAACACGUCCUCAUCACGACACGGGACCUCGAAAUCCGAGACGACCGAUUUGCUAUCAUCAAAGAACGCGUCACACGAGGGUACCGGAACUGGGAGCUCGCCGCUCCGUGGAACCAAAUCGGGGACUACAUGUCCUGGCUUACCAUUGACCAGGGCUACGUGGUAGAAGAGCUCGAGGCCGAGCUGCCGCAUAUCACUGCCGACGACAUUCGCGUGUUCCGAAAGGACAUGCUAGCCCAGCUGCACAUGGAAGUUCUUGUGCAUGGAAACGUUUACAAGGAAGACGCACUGCGGUUGACAAGCAUGGUUGAAUCGACGCUGAAACCGCGUGUUCUCCCGGAGGCACAGUGGAAGAUUCGCCGUGGGCUUAUUCUUCCGUCUGGCUCCAACUACGUUUGGAAGAAGACGCUCAAAGACCCGGCCAACGUCAAUCACUGCAUCCAGUACUUCCUUCAUGCCGGUGACAGGGCUGACUACAAUGUGCGGGCAAAGGUGCUGCUACUUGACCAGAUCGCCCAUGAGCCGUGCUUCAACCAGCUUCGUACGAAGGAACAGCUCGGUUACAUUGUCUACUCGGGAACGCUGGUCAGCAUUACCCAGUACGGCUUCUACAUUGUCAUUCAAAGCGAGAAGACGGCGCCGUACCUUGAGACCCGCAUCGAGGAGUUCUUAAAGACGCUAGCUACCACGCUGGAGGAGAUGAGUGAUGACGAGUUCGAGAGCAACAAGCGCAGUAUUAUCGACAAACGCCUUGAGAGGCUCAAGUACAUGGAGCAAGAGAGCAACAGACAUUGGUCCCACAUCCAUUCGGAGUUUUAUGCCUUUGAUAACGCUCAACAAGACGCGGCACACAUCAAGCCCCUAACCAAGGCGGAGAUGAUUGAGUUUUUCAACCAAUACAUCCACCCCAAUUCACCGUCGAGGGCCAAGCUCGCGGUGUACCUCGAAGCUCAAGCCAAGAGUGACGUCUCGACGAAGGAGAUCUCGGAGCUCAUCAAGACCCUGGAGCUCGACUCGACCGCUUCGGCUAAGGCCGCCUCCGAACUACAAGCCCGGCUCAGUGCGGCGGGCCACGACGUCGACAAGGAGGUAGCUGGCCUCAAAGAGUACCUACUCCACGACCUGAAGGUGUCGGAAGCCAAGAUUGAAGCGGCGUCUGAAGCGUGGAAGAAGAUCCACGCUGAUCAUGGGCCUGGAAACGAGGUGGUCAAGGACGCCGAACCCCCCUCUUCGAAUGGGACCAAGCCGGUUUUCAUUGACGAUGUCCGGGCUUUCAGGGCCAGCCUCCCGGCGAGCAACGGGGCCAAACCCCUGAAAGAUCUCAGCGAGUAUGAGGACCUGCGCCGGCAGCUCGCCUUCACCACGUCUUCCCAAAAGAAACGGAGGAUUACCCGCCAGUCGACGAGGGAACAUAACAACAACAACAACUACGGUAGCAACAGGUCCGAGGACUCGGUGCUGCUCUCGACCGAAGACGACGCCGACCCUUCCUUCUCCUUCUCCGCCCCUUCGCCUUCCUCCCUAGGUACGCCCACCUUUCUUCGUGCCGACUCGCUUCCGCCCUCGGGGGUUCCGCCCCGCCUACAGAGCCAGGCCGCCUCGUUCGCCGACUCGCCGUCUUCGGCCGCCAGCUCCCCUCGUGCGGCCUCGACCGACUUAUCGAUCGAUCUAGACGGGAAUCCCGACUUCCUCGACGUUGCCCGCUCGACUCCGCAGCAACAGAAUCAGCAACACCAGCACCAGUACCAGCAUAGGUUGCCAGAUCCUGUGUUCAUCAGGGACCCGUCGCCGGUGCACCAGUCCGUCCGCCGCGCACUCAUGGGGGGCGCCACCGAUACCCCCCAGCGUUCAUCUUCCCCGCUAAAACGCCGGGCGUCCAGCAUGGAGCCGGAGCAUGAUCCCGUGGAUGCUGCGGACGUGAGGGAGGAUGUGGAUAUGAUUACGGUUCCGGAUUCGCAGAGGGCAGAGGCUGCAGAGGGACCAAGAGAGGAGGCGGAGGAUCAGGGAGAUCAACCAGUGCAGGAAACACAGGAAAAGAAGGAAGAAAUGGAUACGGAAAGCCCUGAGGAACCCACAGACAACGUCAAGGCCGCGCUGCCUUUGCGGACGGAUAUUCCCCCACUCGACCAACAAAUCAAGACGAUCGAGACACUCGUCCAAGCUUUUGCAGAGACGCCUCUCAAAGAGCGUGAUGAGGCCUACCUUGUGUCCCGCGAAUGGCUCGGCAAGGCCCAAACUUUUGGUUCGGAUGCGAAGCACGCCAGUAAGGAGUCUCCGCAAGGCUCGCCCGGCCCCGUUGAUAAUUCAGACAUCAUCCAAGCGAUCUUCACGGAUUCCACCGGCCAGCUCUGUGUCAAGUUAAAACCGGGCAUGGGCAGUGAGAACUUCGAGCUGUUCCCCAAGGAUGCGUGGGAUCUACUCCUGUCGUGGUACGGCCUCGCCCAGGGGCAGUCACCCAUCGUACGGAUCGCUCACAACACAGCCCCGGAUUCCGUUAGUCUUCCGACCAUUCAGUUCGAGUUCCACCCCCCAGUCUUCACGAUCCACCGGUUGUGGUCCGCAAACAGCCCCAUCCCCAUCGAGCAGGAAAUCAAGCUCAAGAAACCCGCGCCACCCAUCGUAGUGCAGAGUACCUCGUUCGGCUACCACAAUUUCCUGAAGGAAACCAAAAGGCUCGCCGGCGUGUCCACGGAGAAGAAGGUGCGCGUAUGGAGGCUGCUCCAGACCAUUCCGGCUACGGAGCCGACCACUGAACUGUCCGGGAUUAGCACCCCGCCGGACUCCCCCGGGCGCGAGGCCGAAAUUCUGGCUCGCCCGCCCACGGCCCCGGGGGCUUGGCCAGAGAUGCUUGUCGACGUGGAGACCUUCUUGAAGUUGGAGAAGGAUGUGGACCGCGGGCUUGUGGAAGCGGACGACACCACCACCAACCCCAAUUACAACGGGAAGAAGAGCCUGGCGCUCGUCGGGCUUGCUGUUGAUCAGACACUCAUCCUGGAUGAGCAGAUCGACCGCGAUGCGUACGUCUCAACAUACCGUGGCAGCGCGAUUAAGGACAAGGCGCUGGCGACCCGCGGCAGCCCGAAUAGCCUUGGCGCACAACGAGGGACUGCCAGCGGCCGGAACAGCCCGGCGCCGCAAGGGAUGUUGACUAGAGGCCGGGCUCAGCAAAAGCCGGGGCGCACGAUGGGUUGUGUUGGUCUGCAAAAUCUUGGCAACACUUGCUACAUGAACUCGGCGCUACAAUGUGUGAGGAGUGUGGAAGAGUUGACCAAGUACUUUCUCACGCAUGAAGCCCGCAAGGAGAUUAACCCGGAUAACCCGCUAUCCCACAACGGCGAGGUUGCCGGCGCAUAUGGCCGCCUUUUGGAGGAGAUCUAUAAGGAUCCCGCGCCUGGCUCAAUCUCACCGCGCCAUUUCAAGAGCAUCAUCGGACGCUACGCGCCGGCGUUUUCUGGGUACGGGCAACAAGACUCUCAGGAGUUCCUUGGCUUCCUUCUCGAUGGGUUGCAGGAGGACCUAAACCGCAUCAAGAAGAAACCGUACAUUGAGAAGCCUGACUCGACGGACGAGAUGAUCAACAAUCCUGCCGCAGUCCGCGAGAUGGCCGCCAAGGUCUGGGACAUUACCAAGAAGCGAGACGACUCGGUCAUUGCGGACCUCUUCACCGGCAUGUACAAGUCGACGCUAGUGUGCCCACAGUGCGACAAAGUCAGCAUCACGUUCGACCCCUUCAACAACCUCACAUUACCGCUCCCAGUAGCUAAUGUCUGGUCUCAUGCCGUUCGAUUCUACCCCCUGAAUGAUACGCCAGUCGAGUUGACCGUCGAUGUUGACAAGAACAGCAGCAUCAAGGCUAUGAAGCAGUACGUUUCUGUCCGUGUCGGAGUCCCCGUCGAGCGCCUGUUUGGGGCUGAAGAAUUUCACUCCAAAUUCUUCAAAAUCUACGAAGAUGGUGGCGCGGUGUCGGAUGAGAUCCAAAGCAGCGAUAUUGCUGCGGUGCACGAGCUUGAGGCCGUCCCGACGAAUACUCAGAGCCCUAAAAAGCUUCAGGCGAAGAAGGAACAACUGCCAAAGUCGCCGUUUGGCGAUGACGAUGAUGAUGCACCUGCUGCCGAGGAUCCUCGGCUAGAGCGUUUACUUGUCCCCGUGUUACAUCGCAUCAACCCUUCGGAGCCCUCGGUUAAGCGCCGGUAUGGGCGGAAGAACAACGAGAACACUCCGCCGCCUCAUUACAUUGUCCUGACGCCUGAUGAGGCCCGCGAUUUGGAGACUAUCCGCCGGAAGAUCUUGGAGAAGGUGGCUACGCUGACCACUUGGUCGGAACUCACGUCUCCAUCCGACGAAACGGAUACCGCCGAGGUUACGGACUCGGAAAUGGUUAACACGAUCUCCUCCGAUGGCGACUCGUCGGGGGAGUCUAAGGUCGUGGCUAAGUCGGUAGAAGGCGAGGACGAUAUGGUCGAUGUUACCAUGCGGGAUGCCUCUUCGGCUGGGAAGACCGGGCAGACCACUGGGGCUGCUGCUGCGUCUGCUGAAAAACCUUCCCAGGUGCUGAAGCAGUUCAACCGCAAGCGACCCAAAUGGGUCAAUCCUUUGGAAUUCUUGGAACCAGAGCUGCAGAAUCUCUUUGACUUGAGCUACUUUGUAGAGCCGGGCUCGGUUAUCCCCACGGGUUGGAACACGGUUCAAGACGAGAACAUUCUACCUCGUUUAAGCUCCAGGCAACCCAAGCCGGCUGUGUCGGAUGUUGACAUGAAGAGCCCCGAGCCGUUGGAUGGUUCAGAUGAGAGUGGCAGCGAGGUUGCUGCAGUCACCCGCAUGGCCGAUGAGUCCAGCGAGGAUGACAGUGACUUCCCCAAGACCAAGCAUCUCCAAGCAAGGGCCAUGAAACACGGAAACGGCCGUGGCGGAAAGAAAUGGAACCAAAAGACUUACAGUAAAAAGGGGAAGAGGAACUUCGAGAAGCAACAACAGCAACAGCGUGGCCCCGCCCGCUUCCAUACCGCAGCGGCGGCCCCGUCGUCGCCUGUUGGGUCUGACGAAGAAUCCUUACUUCCCAACGGUGCUUUGAUCGGUCUGCACGAGGGCAUCGUGGUUGAAUGGGGCGAAAGCGCCUUCGAUCACGUCUUUGGCGGAUCGUCACCGAAUGGCAUGCAAGGUAGUAAGACAUAUUCCCGCCUCCAGACCCUUGAGGAUCCCGCGCUCCAAGCGAAGCAGAAAGCGAGACAGCAGCGGAGAAAGAAUGGCAUCGCCCUCGACGACUGCCUGGAUGAGUUUGAGAAGGAAGAGAUCCUGUCUGAACAAGAUACGUGGUACUGCCCUCGCUGCAAGGAGCACCGCCGCGCCAGCAAGAAGUUUGAUCUCUGGAAGACGCCGGAUAUCCUCGUGGUCCAUCUCAAGCGUUUUAGUUCAAGCGGUUGGCGACGGGACAAGCUGGACAUACUCGUCGACUUCCCCGUCGAGAAUCUCGACCUAACUAAGCGUGUGAUUGACAAGGAAGACGGGAAGGAGGAGAUCUAUGACUUGAUCGCUGUCGAUGACCAUUGGGGUGGCCUGGGCGGAGGACACUACACUGCUUUUGCGAAGAACUUUGUCGAUGGGGAGUGGUACGAGUACAAUGACGCCUCGGUUACAAAGCAGAAGGACACAGCUAGGAUGGUGACAUCUGCUGCGUACCUCCUGUUCUACCGCCGCCGCUCGUCAAUUCCCCUGGGCGGCCCCAAGUUCCAGGAAAUUUUUGACCGCUUCAACCAGCCUCCUCUCGACGAGGACAUGUCCGACUCGGGGGAAGGCCAGCGUCUCGGCCAAGGCUCCUCCCUUCGUGGAUCGCCGAGCGCUUUGACCGGAGCAGGUCCAGCUCUCCUUCCGGGAAGUCGUGGCUGGGAUAAUGACCGACGCGUUGGCGGAAGCCACGACGAUGAUGCCGACAUGCUCACGUCGUGGAGCAACCAAGACACGCUCCACAAUAGCAUCGAGGGCGACGGCGAUGACGAGGCCAUUGGUCUCUCGGAUUAUGACACAGCCGGUAUGGCCGGCAUGACUUCAGUCAUUAGUCAGGCGAACUGGAGCUUCGACAACCUCCACACCGAAGUCAGCAAGCCCGGCUCCGAGAUCGGUGACGACGACGGCAUCGCCAGUGACAUUGCCCAGAACGAUGGCUCUUCGGUGAACAGCGGCAUCAAUGACGUGUUCGACAACGAUGACGACGGUACGGCGGGGAUGGACCACCUCCUCGACCGUGAGCCCGGGUCCGGCUAUGUCGAGCCGGCAGAACCAACCGGAGGGUUUAUUGACGAUUAUAACAUUCCACCCCCGCCUAUGCCGAUGGACGACGGUGUUGAUUUUAUGAGCAAGCUUGCCGCGCAUUCAUGGGUCCAGCAGCAGAUCCAUACUGUGCCGCCUAUUGGUGGCGCGGUGGAAGAUGAUGUGGCAAGUGAUAAGGUGGCAGAGAUUCAUGUCAGUGACGCGGGUGCCGAGGCGGAUGGAGAGGUGGACAAAAAAAAACCUGAAGAAGAGAAGCAGGAUCAGGCUGUGGAGGCAGUAGAUGGCGUGAAGGCGAAAGGCAAGGGCAAGACCGCUGUCGAGAAGGAUACGGUCUUGGGUUAA